GCGAGCGAGGGAGCGCAAGCGAUCCUGACGAAAGCGGAACUCGCCGGAGCCCAUACAAAUCAGAAAAGAGCUCGUGCAGAAGAGCAGUGAGUGGAUAUCCCAGCCUGCGGGUCAGAGACGGCGCGGGGCUGGCCGCCUCUUGAAAGACAGCGGGCGCAGCCAGGGGGGAACCGAGAAGCCCACCGAGCAGCCAGGCCGGAGAAGGACUCGGAGCAGAGCCUCCUGCCAGAUCUCUGCUGAAGGGGGGUCCCCUUCCAGACCAGGGACCCUCCGAGCGCCGCAGCAGCAGCAGCAGCAGCAGCAGGUGGUGCCAUGAUGGCCACGGGCUACCAAGAGCCCCCUGCCGAGGACAUGGUGGCUCUGCUGCGCCCGUCCAAGGAGCCCGGCCUGGGCGGCGAGGCGGGCGCCAAAGGCGAGCUGAGCCCGGCUUCCAGCAAGGCGGCGGGAGCGGGAGGCGGAGGAGCUGGCGGCGGCUCGUCGUCGUCGUCGGAGAAGGGCGACCCGUCGCAGAAGCCGCCCUACUCGUACGUGGCGCUGAUCGCCAUGGCCAUCCGCGAGAGCGCCGAGAAGCGGCUGACGCUGUCGGGCAUCUACCAGUACAUCAUCGGCAAGUUCCCCUUCUACGAGAAGAACAAGAAGGGCUGGCAGAACAGCAUCCGCCACAACCUCAGCCUCAACGAGUGCUUCAUCAAGGUGCCGCGAGAGGGCGGCGGAGAGCGCAAAGGCAACUACUGGACCCUCGACCCGGCCUGCGAGGACAUGUUCGAGAAGGGCAACUACCGCCGCCGCCGCCGCAUGAAGCGCCCCUUCCGGCCCUCCGCCGCCGCCGCCGCCGCGCACUUCCAGCCCGGCAAGGGCCUCUUCGGCGAGCACGCCGGCUACGGCUACCUCGCCGCGCCGCCCGCCAAGUACCUGCAGGCGCCUUUCCUCAACGCCGCCGCCGCCUCCUGGUCGCUGGCCCAGGCCCAGGCCCAAGGCCCGCCGCCGCCGCCGCCUCAGCCGCCCGCCUCCUACGCGGCCUGUCAGAUGGAGGGCGGCGGCGGCGGCCCGGCGGGAAGCGGCGCCCUCAGCCCCGUCAGCCCGGCCAAGGGAGCAGGCCUCUCGCCCGGGCCCGCCUCGGCCUCCGCCGGCGCCGCCUCGGCCUACGGGCCUUACUCGCGCCUGCCCGCCGCCGUGGUGAACUCCUACAACGGCAUGGGCCACCACCACCACCCGCACCACCACCACCACCACCCGCACGCCCACCACCACCACCACCACCACGCCGCCCAGCAGCUCGGCGCCGCCGCCGUGGCAGCCGCUGCAGCCGCCGCAGCAGCCGCCUCGGCAGGCAGCCCCGCGGCCCAGGCGGCGCCCAACGGAGCGGCCGGCCUGCAGUUCGCCUGUGCGCGCCAGCCGCCCGAGCUGGCCAUGAUGCACUGCUCCUACUGGGACCACGAGGCCAAGCACGGCGCCCUGCACGCCCGCAUAGACCUCUGAGCCGCCCUCGCCCGCCCGCCCGCCCGCCAGCCGGCCGGCCGCCCCUCUGAGUCUGGGCGAAGCAACUGUCGGUGCCAAGCAGAGGAAGGAGCCCCUCGCCAGAUCUCGCUCUCCCGCCCUUCCUCUCUCCAGAUAGACACGCGCUAUACGCAUCUUGGGGAAAUGGCUACAGGGUCGCGAAGGCAGCAGCGCAAGUGCGGGGCAUUUUCCUCUGGACUCCCCUUCCCUCUCACACACUUUUCUUCGACAACUGGGCUCUUCUGGUGGUCGGCCGCGCAGACGUUUCAGUCCAAACGUACACAUUGAUCCCUGGCCGUUUCUUGAAAUGGACCUCCUUCUGCAGAAGUGCACGUGGCCGCAGAGUUUACUUUCCCCUUAUUAUUUGGGAUAUUAUUGGUCGCAUUAAUUGCACGCCAAUUUACUUUCUGUGAACCUGAGAGAAGGAAACGCGGGAUCAUACAAAAAUGGGAGGGAAAACUCCAGUUCUGUAAGAACCGGAUGGUGACUUGACUAAGGGAUCUCUCGUUUAUUUGCUACCGGUUGAGAUGUUGCGCAGAGCAGUCCUGGUCAUGUUUCUUCAGAAGUAAGUCCUAUGGAGUUCAGUGGGGCUUACUCCCUAGUAAGUGUGUUUGGGGAUGGUGCGUUAGUUUGUUAGAUCACGUUUAUUGAUUAAUCACGUUUGCAUCUGUAUCGCUGACUAUUGGUACAGCGGUAAACAAGAUGGAUCAAUAACGUGAUCCGAACUCUGGAAAACAUAAAGUACUGAAAUGAAGGGGACCAAUCCUGAAAAGGCCAGGAAUGUUUACGUGAAAGGCCUGAAAAGUUUAUUUCCAUUAACAUAGAUGCGACUUGCCCACCAAAUUUGGUUAGGCAUUUGGUUAGAUUGUCCAGUAUUUAGAUUCCAUUGAGUUCCAGAGGAUUUGAGCUAGCUGAGGAGUUUUGCAAGCAUUGACAUUUCUGAGCCAGGAUUGCAUCUAAUAUCUUGAACACAACACGAUUGCAUCUAAUAUCUUGAACACAACAGGGCACAAAAGGUCAAACCGAAGGGUAAAACCCGCUAAUUUAAGCGCAGCUUUUUAUCUAUGUAAUGCAGAUAAUUGACAGAACUGCUUAGAAUCCUGCUCAAGUCAGUGGGGUUUACUCCUCAAAAGUUGUCAGUAGGAUUGCGUUGUUAACUACACUUUGUGGAGACAAAUUCCAGGUAAAACUGAUGAAAUUAAAUUUCCACACAGAAAUAAUGUUGGGGGGGGGGGGGGGCUUCGUGUCAGUUUCAUGCCCAAACUCAAUAUAGGUGUUGUCGGAUCUGCCUUUACAAUUUUUUGUCUAAAUAAUUUUAGAUCCGGGUGUGGGUAUUUAAAGAGAAGCGCUUCGUUCUGAAUCCUAAUCUGCCUUUAAUUUCCAAUCACUACUUAUAAAAUACAUUCUAAGACCAGUUGAGGUGGAAAUAAAAUGAAGAGCUGUAGGCUUUUCCGGGUUUGUUUUCCUUCCGCUUUGGGUCAGAAGAUUGUUCUAAUUUGCUGGAAGGACAUUUGCACUUCUUUUCUUUUUCCCAAAACAACCUUUCUGUCUGAAUAGUACUUACCUGGGGACUGCAUUGGAGCAAGAGCACCAUUUUCCCAGGUGUCCAGUAGCCUUGCCGAUGGAAUGCCUAAUGCAUUUGAGAUCACUUUGGGGAGCAGGAGGUAAAUAUAUGUGUGUGUGUAUAUAUGUAUUUUAAAGUAGAAGAUGUCUUCUCAAGAUAGAGUAAUUUUAUACGAGUCUGAAAUUAUAUUUGGACAAAAGGAGACUGUUUCUCGAAAUUAUUAUUGAUAGUAAUAACAAUGGAGACUAUUAUUUUUCCAAGUGCAGUAUUGUUAUAUUUUUUUAAGGGUGUUAAAGAUAAUCUUAGUGUCCUUGGACCCAGAAGCUAUUGGCGCUUUCUAAGCUCUUUUCGGCAUCUCUUUUUUUAAAAAUUGAGAUCCCUGUGGGGAGAAAUGUGUUUAAAAUAGGGGGAGUGGGGUAAGAAUAUAACGAUUUUCUAAUUGUUUAUGUAAACGGAUGGUUGUUUUUGGCAUUGUACCAUUCUGGGACCAACUUUUCUCGAAUAACCGAGCACUUUUGUUGUAUCUUUGAACUUUGUAUAGUCUCCAAUAAAAUGUGUUUUUCCUCCUCUUU